AUGCACAAGGUCGGUGAUUUGUUGGAGGCAGCUCUUGCAAGAGUACAAGGAAAGAGUGCAGUGGUAUUGUUCACAGUGGAUGAUGCCCUGUGGGUCAGCGACUUUCAGGCAGAUGUUGCGCUUCAACUGUUGCACAGCAAUGCCAGGGUCUAUGCUGUGCAUGCGAAGCUGUGCCCGCGUAUCGAAUAUGCGCAUCCCAACGACAAGUUUAUGCGAGUGCCACCUUUGUCGCAUGGCUCGACUUCCUCAAAUUCCAACACAAGCUCCGAUUUGUUACUAUUUGAACGGUCGAGCGGUGAAUAUGACUGGAACUACCCGUGGGAACUUAGUGCCUCCAUGUACCGUUUAGAUGCAGUCAAGGAAACAUUGGAAGCCAUUCGCACUGAGUUUGGGCGGGAUGCAGUGCAUCACCCGAAUCAUAUCGAAGGGUAUGGCGUUCGGCUCCUAAGGCAAGAAAAGCUGGCGUCAGCAAACUGCGCCCCUCUUUGCGCGUGCCCGUGCAAUCCGGUUGUCAUGGUUGUGACCAUCAACCGCGUGCAAAGUUUGUUUGAUAACCCUGUGUACCAGACACCAGGGCACGAUCUGGCUGAAGUUCAUCCACUUGUCCUUGACGAGCUUCUUCGGGCGAGGUUGCGGGCAUCCGGGCGACACUUGCUUGCCUCAAACGCAUCGGAGGAGCUGCCAGAAGACGACGUUGCACUCGAAUUGUCUAAGCUGUUGGACACCUCGCCCGCGUUCUUGCUUUCAUACUGGCACGACGCAGUGGUUCCUGCCGGUUUCGCAGAGGCGCUAGCAGCGCCCUCGUGGCCGCCGACACUGUUGGAAUUCAAGGAGUCCAAGGUGUACCGGAGGACGUACCUGGACAGCGUGCACGUGCCACUGUUGCUGACUGACCGGGUGCCCAAUUGGCUGGAGGCCUCAAUUCUUGUGUCAUGGCUCAUGCCGGUAAAGGACACGCCUGCGAAAUGGCUGCAGGAUGCCUUCGACAGCAUUCGAUCGCAGCAUGAUGUGAGUCCAGGCUCUUGGGAGCUGAUUGUCGCGGAUGACGGUUCAGAACGGGAAGAGACCCUGCAGGUCCUUAGCGGUUGGCGGGCCUUGCCAAAUGUACGUAUCGUGCGGUCAGACGUGAGUGUUGGUGUGGGAUCGGCAUUAAACAUGGGUUGGAAGCACUGUCGAGGACAGUAUGUGGCACGACUGGAUGGUGAUGAUAUUGCACAGCCGUGCAGGUUGAAAAAGCAGAUCUCGUUCAUGGAGCAGCACUCCUCCAUCUCCAUUCUUGGGGGUGGCUUUCGGACUUUCACUGAGGACGAGGAGGGUUUCCACGUCGGCGCACGACAGUACCGCUUUCCCUGUCAUCCGCUGUUAGCGAGAUGGCAAAUGAUCUUUUCGUGUUCCCUGGCACAUCCAACUGUAGUACUGCGUCGGGAAGCGAUCCCGGCCGGCGUUGCCGGUCCAUACCCCGAAGGAAAAGAAGCCGAGGAUCACUGUUGCUGGCUGUCGAUGCCACUGCAAGUACAGUUUGCCAACAUUGCUGAUGUUGUAUGCCACAUACGGAGGCACAGAGACUCCCGUUCCUCGACGGCGGCAGGUAAACUGUUGAAGUCGUCAUACGCCGCCGUGCGGGCGUUCUUGCAGCGUGAAUGCGAUGAGAGCAACCUCACCGAUGCAGAGGUUGCAGUUCUUUGGGGCAGGGAGAAAGCAGCUGCUUCCACACAGGCCGCGGCAGUUUCGCAUGCUUUGGACCUGCUGGAAGGCUGGUUCACAAGCAUCCUGCGUGCACCUGGUCGUGAACCGCUGCCCCCUGGUUUUCGGAAAGACUUCGUCGACACAAGGGCAGGGGCGCUGGAGGAGUAUGUGCGAGCCUCCUGCAACAAGCUGCGAGGCUCGCUAGCUGUGCAAUCUUUGGCUUCUGGGGAUGUGGAUGUGGGCGCGGAGAUGAUGAAGCACUGGCUCAAGGGCGGCGAUGCCGGCUUGAAGAGCCUUGGCGCGCUGAUCCAAGCUGGAUACGACAGCAAGGGCCAGUGA